UCCCGGACCGACUCCACCGGCUGCCUCUCCCUCCCCAGCUGCACUUCGCUUUCACUUUUGCUCAAGCCCUCUCCGCCGAAAGCCACUCGCCAAAAGGUCCCGAGGUCUUCUCCCUCCCAUACAGCCACCGCCACCGCAAUGGCUUUCCAAGCACCCUACUACAAGCCGUCUCUUCCGUUUUCUGGUCAGAUUUAUGGAGGCCUCAGAGGUGGGAUGCUGGUGAUAAUAAACGGGACCAUUUUCCCAACCUGCACCAGAUUCCAAGUUGACUUCCAGUGCGGUUCUGGCUCCUCGCCUCGGCCCGACAUCGCCCUCCACUUCAACCCGCGCUUCGACGAGGGCUGCGUGGUGGCGAACACGCUGGAAAGCGGGAAGUGGCAGCAGGAAGAGCGGAGAAAGGACCUGCCGUUCCGCAAGGGGCAGGGCUUUGAGCUCCGCUUCCAUGUGAAGAGCCACUCCUUCGAGGUGAUUGUGAAUGGGAGGCAUUACUCAGAGUUCAAGCACCGGAUCGCAUUUUCCAGAGUCGACACCAUCGGCGUCUCCGGAAGCUUGGAUGUUGCCUCCAUCAGCUUCCAAGGUGCUACAACUCCAGGUGCCUGGACUGCUCAGGUGGCACAAAUGCAAAAUGCUGCUUCUCCUUCGGGGCCAUGCAUCCUGCCACAAACGUAUUCUGUGCCUUACCAGACUUGCAUCUACGGAGGCCUUUUCCCGUCCAAAUCGAUCAUCGUUGCUGGAACUGUGUCUCCUGUUGCCACCAGGUUCCACGUCAACCUGAAAGCCGGCCAGGACAUUGCAUUGCAUCUGAACCCACGGUUCAACGAGAACGUGUUCGUUCGCAAUUCGAAGCUGCGUGGGGCCUGGGGCUCAGAGGAACGCAGCCUCCCCUCUGGGAUGCCUUUCUCCCGGGGCCAGCCCUUCUCCAUCUGGAUUCUGUGUGAACCGCAAUGCUUCAUGGUGGCCGUCAAUGGGCAGCACCAGUUUGCGUACAACCACCGCUGUCCGAACCUGCAGCAGGUCAAUCAGCUUGAAGUCGAAGGCGACGUUUGUCUGAGCAACGUGCAGAUUUAAAGGCACAGCGCUUCUUCCUGCAGCUGGUUUCCCACCAGGUCCGCUUUUGAAUGCCCCUUUGCGAAAGCUGUAGGGGUCGAGCACUUUUUCGACGCACAAUGCCACUGAGAAUCUAUCUUAUGCGCCUGCUUCUGUCAGUUUCCUCUUGGGCAGAUCCCCCUGAUCUAAGCAAGGAGCUGUCAUGAUGGAUGACGGCCAGAAACUCCUUUUCCAUUGGAAGAUCGGAAGCUGCCGUAUGCCGAGUCAGACCCUUGGUCCACCUAGCUCAGGAUUGUCCACACAGACUGGCAGCAGCGGCUUCUCCAGGGUUGCAGGCAGGAGUCUCUCUCAGCCCUGUCUGGAGAGGCCAAGGAGGGAACGUCUUCAUGCUAGCAUGCAAACGCUCUUCGCAGAGCGGCUCCGUCCCCUAAAGGGAAUAUCUUCCGGUGUUCACCCAGGUCGUCUCUCAUUCCAAUGCAAACCAGGGCAGACCCUGCUUAGCAAAGGGGACAAUUUGUCCUUGCUGCCCCAAGACCAGCUCUCUUCCCCACUUGUUUCCUGCCAACCAGUGUAGAGAACUUGUAACAUCUGAACUGUCGGCGAGAAGCAAACUGGUUAGUCACAACUAAGCCCCUCGGAAACUUCUGAGACUUAACAUGAUUCCCGCCUAACACUGGUGGCUUUCUUUCAAUGCUGCUUAGUUGUGACUAGCUUAGUCUGGCUCCUUCCCAUGAGCCCUCACGCCUCCAGCCAGGUUAUAGACACCCAUGCCCAAAAUGCAGUCUCUUUCUCUGUACUUUCAGCCUCCGAAUAAACUAGUCCGGCUUGCAACA